CCUAGGCCCUCCCCUGCCGCAGCCGUUGGUGCGUCACCACGGCUCUGCCCGGACCUAGGCCCUCCCCUGCCGCAAGGCGGUUUCUGUUAUCGUUUGAAACGGAUUUAUUCCUAUUUUGGCCUCUCUGUGUUUAGGUCACGAUGGUGAAAAAGCUCUGGCGGAAAAACUGCGAAGCGAACUGCUGUUAGGUUGGUGGUGAGAAAUCCCCCACAGGAAAACGUGACAUUUUUAACGGUUCCGGCCUAGCCUUUAACCUAGUUUCGCCACUCGCUCCGCCAGGACUCGCUACACCGCUCAGGAGUUCAUCCCCGCCGAGUUCCCGAGCUCCGCGGCCCACUCCCGUCACACAUCACCCCGCCUCCGGGGAUGGCGGUUGGCGCAGCUAGUAACUAUUCUAUUGCCCACCGCAGGAGGCGUGAUGACGUCAGCGCGGCGUCAGCCUCCGCCUGGAGAGGGCCAGGGGCGCCCGUGUCUGGGAGGGGUGCGGAUCUGAGGCUCGCCCCUGGCCCUGGCUCCCAACAGCCUUAGUUUUCUGGGAAAGACUGGCGAAGGCCCGGAAGACGCCGCCCUCCGAGUCAGACCCGCGGCUCUUUCUCCCGUCGCCAGCCACGCCCCCCGGGGGCUGCGGCGAGUUCCGCCUUUUUUCCGUCCCGGGAUCCCAGCGAAAGAUCUUGCAUCGAAGAAGACUAUUUUUGUAGACAUUUUCAUUUUCUUCAGAAUAAUAAAUUCUAGUAUGGAGACCUAGAAUUCUUAAAGGGACAUGGUCUAAACCCUGGGAGGUAGUUUUGUGCUUGAAUAUAUAUUUAUAUAUAUGAAUAACAAAAGCUUAUUUAGAAGGAUUUUUUCAGAGUUAAUGAUGCAUUACAUACCUAUAUAAAACUUUUUUUUUGGUAUGGCAACAAUUUUUAAGUAUAUAGGAAAAUACUGUAAUAUUUUUCUAAUUGUUUGUGACCUGAUAUAUAUAUAUAUCCUUUGGUAAAAGUGGUAGCUCUUCUAUAUAUGUGGUCCCCAGAUGAACAUCCUGUAGUUUAGUUUUUUAAACGCAAAGAAAAGCUUCUGUUCUAGAAAUUAAACACCUUUUUGAAGUCUGUAGAAAAAUUUAAUAGGUAGGAAAAGUGUAACAUCAGGUAGUUCUAAAUUGUAGAAAAUUUGAGUACCAGUUAUAGUGAAAUAGAAUACUUAACAAAUAUUGCAAAAACAUUGAAUGAAUCGGCAACAUUUUAUUUCAAAACCGAAAAAUCACUAUUUGUAUACAGUUUAGAAAGUGAUAAGAUAUAGAAGGAAAGCAAAAUUUGGUCAUAUGAAACCAUAUCCAUCUUUAUUUACUAUACAAGUUUAUGUAUAUUGAGCUUUGAAAGUAAAAUUAAAGAAUGCCAGAUUUUAAAGCAAUCCAAUAACUUUUCAAGCACGGCUUCAAUUUAGCAAUAUAGUUUAAAAUGGAUAUUCUUGGUCUCUUGUAAAAUGCCUCUAGGAAAAUAAGAGUUAAAUAGGAUGUAAAGCAUUUUUUUCCUCUUCUGUAAUAUAGUAUACAUAUUGACAUUUCUGUCAUCAUUAAAUCAGGUUUAAUUAAUUCGAAUUUUCUGUACUACUUAAAAGUUUUGAAUAUAGAAAUGUUCAUGUGUAUAUUUAUAUAAAUGUGGGUUUAAGAUAUACAUCCUUAAAAGUGCAUCAGCAACAGGAUGAUGAAGUAGAUCCUAUAAGCUUGAAAGAGUUAAUUAAAUCUAAAAUACAAUACUAAAUGUCAUCCAGGUGAUUUGGGAAAAUUACUCUAUUUUUAAAAAGUCAUUUGAUGUAAUUUUAAUGCUGGACAUCCAAUAACACAAAACUUACUCAAAUUUUUUUUAGUGUAAAAAGAUGAAAAAAUUCAUUUUUAUGUUUUUAGCAAAAUAUCAAACUGUUAUAAACUCACACACAAAACUACCUCCCAGAGAAAGACUUGUCCCAUUUUGUUCCCAAAAUACUCAAUUAUGAAUGCGGUAGAGGAUGGUGUGCUGUUAGCACGUUUGAUGAAUAGUGAUGCAAAUGAAAUGAAAUAUGAUUUGUCAUGUGAACUCUACAGAAUGUCUACAUAUUCUACUUUCCCAGUCAAUGUUCCAAUCUCAGAAAGGAGUCUUGCUCGGGCUGGAUUUUAUUACACUGGUGUGAACGACAGAGUUAAAUGUUUCUGUUGUGGCUUAAUGCUGGAUAAUUGGAAACAAGGAGACAAUGCUAUUGACAAACAUAAACAGCUUUAUCCCAGCUGUGCAUUUAUUCAGAAUUUGAUAGCAGUUAACCUGGGAUCUUCUCAGUCCACAUUUUCUUCUUCAGUGAAUAAUGCCACACGUUCAUUAUCUUCCAGUUCAGGACAGAGUGGAUAUUUCAGUGGUUCUUAUUGCAGUUUUCCACUGGAGCCAGUGACUUCCAGAGCAGUUGAGGACUUGUCCCCUUUGAAUGCCAGCCCCUAUAGUUAUUCAAUGAGUACGGAGGAUGCCAGAAUUCUCACUUAUCAGACAUGGCCAUUGACAUUUCUGUCACCAUUAGAUCUGGCAAGAGCUGGUUUUUACUACAUAGGACCUGGAGACAUGGUAGCUUGCUUUGCUUGUGGUGGGAAACUGAGUAAUUGGGAGCCAAAAGAUGAUGCCAUGUCAGAACAUCGAAGACAUUUUCCUAACUGUCCUUUCCUGGAGAAUCACAUCCAAGAAACAUCAAGGUUCAGUGUUUCUAAUCUGAGCAUGCAAACCCACACAGCCCGUAUGAAAACCUUUGUGACCUGGCCCCCUCAAAUUCCAGUUCAUCCAGAGCAGCUUGCAAGUGCUGGCUUUUAUUAUGUGGGUCGAAAUGAUGAUGUCAAAUGCUUUUGCUGUGAUGGUGGACUGAGGUGUUGGGAAUCUGGAGAUGAUCCUUGGGUGGAACAUGCCAAAUGGUUUCCAAGGUGUGAAUACUUGAUACGAAUGAAAGGACAAGAGUUUGUUGAUCAAGUUCAAGCUAGGUAUCCUCAUCUCCUUGAACAGCUGUUGUCAACUUCUGAUGCUCCAGGGGAUGAAAGUGCUGAUCUACCAAUUAUUCAUUUUGGACCUGGAGAAAAUAAUUCUGACGAUACAGUCAUGAUGAACACUCCAGUGAUUAAAGCUGCUUUGGAAAUGGGCUUUAGUAGAAGUCUAGUAAAGCAGAUUGUCCAGAGUAAAAUCUUAACAACUGGAGAAAACUAUAAAACAGUCAAUGAAGUUGUAUCAGAUCUCCUCAAUGCAGAAGAUGAAAAAAGGAAAGAGGAGAAAGAGAGACAAGCUGAAGAAAUGGCAUCAGAUGACCUGACAUUAAUUCGGAAGAAUAGAAUGGCUCUGUUUCAGCAUUUGACCUGUGUACUUCCUAUCCUGGAUAGUCUUUUAACAUCGGGUGUGAUUAAUGAGCAGGAACAUGAUGUUAUUAAACAAAAAACACAGACGUCUCUACAAGCAAGAGAACUGAUUGAUACCAUUUUAGUCAAAGGAAAUGCUGCAGCCAAUAUUUUUAAAAACUGUCUCAAAGAAAUUGAUUCUGUGUUGUAUAACAAUUUAUUUGUGGAAAAGAACAUGAAGUAUAUUCCAACAGAAGAUGUUUCAGGUCUUCCUAUGGAAGAACAGCUUAGGAGAUUACAGGAAGAAAGAACAUGUAAAGUUUGUAUGGACAAAGAAGUUUCUAUUGUAUUUAUUCCUUGUGGUCAUCUGGUAGUAUGUAAAGAAUGUGCACCUUCUCUAAGAAAAUGCCCAAUUUGCAGGGGUAUAAUCAAAGGUACAGUUCGUACUUUUCUUUCAUGAAAAGAAUCCAUAUAUGCAAAUUUGUGUGAAGCAGACUUCAAAAAUGAUCGCUCUGAAACCUUUGGAAGAAAGAAGUGUUUCAAGGCUUUUUUGUAGUAAAUUAACAUAUAUAACUCUGCCUUGGUAUCAGUAUCUGGUAUUCUUAAAGUAUCUGGUAUUCAUAUACUAUUGUCAUAAUUCCUUGAAAGUUUGUGUGUGUUGUGUAUGUUUAUGUGCAUGAUUUCAUGUUGGAAAAGCAGGAUAAAGCUUAAGUGCUUGAAAGUAUAAGAAUAACAUAGACAUAUUGCUUUUAUGCAGCAUUUUUGGAUUAUUGAACUUGAUUAGCUUACUAGAACAUUUGAAUACUUCAUAAGUGUAGUCAUAGAUAUGGGAACCAUGAGCCCCCAAAUUUGUCAUAAUUCCAGUGCUAUUUUGUUGUAAAAUAGAGACUAUCUAAUUAGCUGGGGUAAAAAUUUUUCCAACUAUGACGAACGGAUUAAUAGCAAAAUGUUUAAGAGAGAGACUUAAUCUAAAUGUUUGGCUCAGUUGAAUAUAUAUGUAUGUAUGUAUAUAUACACAUAUUUACACAUGUGUACAUAUACAUAUGUGUGUAUGUUGAGUAAUGUAUUGUUGUCUUUAAAGAGAUUUCAGAUUAAAUCUCAUUAUCUCAAAAUUUUUUUAACAAAUGAAUCUCAAUUUAGGACAGAUAAAAUUAAAAUCAGCUUUUUGCAUUAUAAUAAUGUGAUUUACAAAAGGGUUUCUUUAGUGAUCUGUAUUAUGUGUAAAGCGAUUCUGUUUCAGGAGCAUAGCUGUUAUAUGUUUGUUUGUUGUAAAAAAUGAAUAAUGCCAAUGUGGUAGGAUGAUAAUACCAUAUUCUUUAUAAGCUAAUUAUAUUGUUUUGUAAAACUUAAGUAAUAUGUCUCUUUUUGUAAUGUGUAUCUACUGUAAUUAUUUGUUUUUAUGAAUUCUUUGUGUUGUGUUAGUAGUUUUAAUAAAUGUUUGAUAUGCACUUAGUGUGGAGUUAUCUAAAACUAUCUGGUUGUCAUCUUUGUUUCCUACAAUGCUUUGCAUGUUGUAGUCAAUAAAUAUUUGUUAAUUAAAGAAUAAAUAAAUGCAGCGAAACAGGUAGUCCUGUGCUUUGAUUGUGGAAUUGUCAGUGUAGAAGUGUUCUUAUGUAUCUGGGUUCUCUCUGAUAGUUCUUUUCAUAUUGUAAGAAAAUUACAAUUAAAUAAUAUAAUUAAUCUUGAA